ACGACAGGAGGUUGAAAAAUCCGCCAUAUCAUAACUUGUGUUCGAAUAUGAGAAAUACUGUCAUGCGUGACAGAUACAUGAAUGCAGUAUAAAAAAUCAUUGAUGACUGAUUAUGUACAUAUGUAGAUAUUUUAAGUAGAAGAUAUCUACUGAAUAAUUAAAAUGACUUAUAAUUUAGAUGUUAAAACUGCGUUAGAAAUAUUUGAGCAGAGUAAGUCUCAAGAUGAAGUAUAUUUAAUUGAAAAACUUGCAUCUGUUGCUAACAUUGACAGUUCAUCCAUUAGUAAAAAUGCACUUAUUUCCAAACUGUAUCGUUAUCGGUCUAAAAUAAAAGCGAAAAGAGGAAAAUUUAAAAUUGAGUUUGAAAAUGAUUUAUUUUCUAUACCUGUCGCAACCAACACAUCCUCUUUUAAAAGUAAAGGCAAACUGCAUAAUUUUGAAAUAGCUGCCUAUGAAAAUACAUGUGUAAGUAUAGCCUCAGAUUUACACAAUGAACAAGUUCAGUCAAAACUAGAUUUAGAGAGUCUGAAAAACAAACAUGAACAUGAGAUAAAACAAAUAAAAUAUAGGCAUUUGAAGGAAUUAUCAUCAUUAAAAAGGUCUCAUGCUCAAGAUACAAACACAUCAACAAAGAAGCUAAAAUUAGCAAUUAAAAAAAGUGACAAAAAAACACUUCUGGAGUCAAACAAAAAGCAAAAAUCUGUAGAAAAAUUAAAGGAGGUAAUGAAAUCAAAGACAGAUUUAACAUACAAGCAUAUCCUGUUACAGAGACAAUUGGCACGGUAUAAAAGUAAAAAGCAUAAGCAAAAAAUCGGUACAAAAUUGGGCAAACUUGUAAUUCAAGAAAAAAAGAAAGUAACAAAAUAUAUUAGUGAGGUUGAAACUUUGAAACUUGAUAACAUGAAACUCAAAGCCAAAAUUAUUGAACAGCAAGACAAAAUUACAACCAUUGAGCAUCAACUACAUUCUAUGGAGGAAAAAGAGUCCUUGACAGAUCUUGAAACUAGCAUCAGAAGUAUUAGUGAAGAACGUGACUACUUGCACACACUUUUGCUGGACAAUUCAGAAUUGAGCCUUUUUGAUGUAGAAAAUAAUAGGUACACUCCACAGACUCGACAAUGUAUUAUGAAUUUAACCUCCCAUAAUGUAUCUUCUGAAAAUGUUGGACCAGUAAUAAAACAAGUAUUGAAACUUGCAAAUAAAUGCCCAAAUGCUGUACCAUCCCGAAAAACUGUUGACAAUAUAAUUGCAGAGAAAAUUGCCAUUGGUCAAAAACAGAUAGGGACAACACUUAUUGGACAAAAAAUCACAUGUUUGUAUGGCGAUGAGACUAGAAAAUUUGGCAAGACUUAUCAAACUUUUUUGCUUAGUGACGAAAACAAAAAUGUGUACUUUCUUGGGUUAAGGGACAUGUUAGAUAAGGCUGGAAGUACGACAUUGGAUGUAUUUAAAAACAUACUUGACGACAUAUCUGAUAUAUGUGAACAAAACAGACAAAAAAAUAUAAUAUCUCCAGGGCAUAGUAUUUUAUGCAACAUUCGGGACUUUAUGUCUGACAGAGCGCAAACUAAUAUUGCUUUUAAUGACCUUCUUGAGCAGUAUAGAUUAGACAUCAUGCCAAACUUUAUUAGUAAUUGGAACAAAUUAUCAGAUGCUGAAAGAUCAAUGACAUCUAAAGUUAACAUUUGUUUUUGUGGGCUACAUUUGUUAGUCAAUUUUGCUGAGUGUCUGUCUCCUAUUUUAAAGUUAUUUGAAAAAAUGCAAGAAACUGAGUCUUCUUUACAAGACAAUUUUUCAGAUGAAGAUGAAGCACCAGAAAUCCAAGUAUUCUCUACUGAUUCUAAAACAAGAUCUUUUUUGCGUUUUUGUGGUAAAUGUUUUGGUCGUGGUGUAGACGAAAAAAGUGGUUGUUACAGCUCUUUCCGAACACAUGUAGAGAACGAAAACGAGAAAGUCCUGUUUGUUGAUUUUCGUGGAAAUAGAUUUAAUAUUAUAUUUUUAAUGGGACAAAUUGCCUAUUAUCAUCAUCCAAGGAUACUUAAUUUCUUCGAAAGUGUACAUGGAGCAAAAAACAAACUGCACAAACUAACAUUACAACUUGUGAAAAAAACAUACAUAAUUGCUUGCUGUAAAGUUUUGGGGUUAAUUUCAAAAUUAAUUACUGCUCCUCUUUGGAGGUUAAUUGAAAGCAAUAAACAUGUGUUACACUUAAAUGAAAACUAUUUUGCACUUUUGCAAUAUAUAGAGAGAAUGAGUAAAGAUGCAAAUUCAUUUGUUAGUGGAGAAGAAUAUCCGUUCUCUGAUGAUCUCAUGGAAAAAGACAAAAAAUUUUAUAACCUUAUCCAACCUGUAAAUGGCAUUGAUGAAAAGGCAUGUGCUUUUGCACAAAUGGCAUUUAAAGGAUUACAUGGCGUACUUGAAAGGGCAAUGAAGGAGCAACUGCCUGGUUGA